AUGCCCGCAGCGAUGAGUCAACAACGAAGUUUGGGCGAGCAAGCGAAAGCCGCGAUCGAAACGAUGGGGUCGGCGUUGUUGCAUCAGCACUCGGAUCCGGCUGCGAUCGAUGCGAGUCGAUUCGCAUUUGAGUUGCGGGUCGUGCUUCAGCGGGUUUUUAUACUCGAAGCUGUGGGUCGGCUCGAUGCGGUGCUCGACUCGGCGGACGCGUGGGCGAUGGUGCUGGGGAUGGACUUGGAAUCCGAAAUGUUCCACGUGGAACAAUUGGGAUCGGAUCGGAUUUGGUCAGCGGAGUGGGUGGGUCUUGUGCGGCGGGAGUUCGGCUUGUGCGGCGGGAAAUGGUUUGGGGAAGUGGUUGAUUCUGUGCGCGAGGCGCAUGCGUCGAUGGGGUCGGCAGAUGAAUCGCUGAUGGGGUGGGUAGCUGUGAUUGAUGGAGAUGAGCUUCGGCUCGAAGAUGAGGACGGGUCGGAUCGGAAGUCGGGUGGGGUGUUCUAUACGCCGGCGCCGUUGGUGGGGUAUGUGCUGGAUCGGGCGCUUGAUCCGGCGAUCGAAGCGUGCGGAGACGAUGUGGAUCGGCUGCUGGGAUUGCGGGUCUGUGAUCCGGCGUGUGGGUGCGGGUACUUUUUGAUCGCGGCGGGUCAGCGGAUCGCUGAGCGAGUUGAAUCGAUUACUGAUCAGCAACGGAUGUCUGAUGUUGUGCGGUCGUGUCUGUUGGGCGGUGAUGUGAAUCCGAUGACGGCGGAGAUCUGUCGAUGGUCGCUCUGGCUCGCAGCUGAUGAUGAGCGAUUGGCUCUUGAGGAACUGCGGUCGCGGGUUGAGUGCGCGGACUCUCUUGUUGAUGAUGUGCUUGCAGAUCGGUUUGAUGUGGUGGUGGGGAAUCCGCCGUUUUUGAAUCAGCUUGGGUCGGGGACGGCUCGGUCUACGGAUCGGGUGAAGCACUUGCGCGAGCGUGAACUCGUUGGGGGCGCGACGUACACGGAUGAGGCGUCGGCGUUCUUUGUGCUUGGGUUGCAGAUUGCGAAGGACGGAGGGCGGGUGUGCAUGGUGCAACCACAGUCAGUCAUCGCGACGCGGGGCGGGGCGCACGCGCGGGAGCGUGCGGUUGAGAUGGGGUGGCUGGAAUCGUUGUGGGUUUCCAAUGAGCAUGUGUUCGGGGAUGCGAGUGUGUAUACCUGUGCGCCGUGUGUUGUGGUGGGCAGUCGUGGUGAGCGGGUGGAGCGGUAUUCUGGUGGAGGGUUUGUUGAGCAUUCGCAUUUGGCGAUCGAUGCUGAAGAGAUGCGAACGCUGGAGACGUGGUCUUCGAUCGCGGCGGUGACGAUGGGGAUCCCGGAGGUAUCGUUUGAAUCCGAUGGUGUGGUCGGGGAUGUCGCUCGCGCGACGGCGGACUUUCGCGAUGAGUACUACGGGCUUGCGGGCUGCAUCAUUGAUGAUGCUGAUGAACGCGAAGGGAUCAAGCUGCUGACGACGGGGCUGGUGGAUCUGGCGCGGUGCUGGUGGGGGGAGAAGUCGACGCGGAUUCUGAAGCAGCGAUGGGAAUCGCCUCGCGUGGAUGAGGGGAAGCUAUGCGGCGAUGCUCGGCUGGCGCGAUGGGUGGAGUCGCGCGGGGUGGAGAAGGUGGUGGUGGCGACGCAGACGAAAGUUGUCGAGGCGUUUGUUGAUCCGCGCGGGGAGUUCGCGGCGGUGACUCCGAUGAUUUCGGUGAUGUUGAUGCAGACUCAAGACAUGGAGGAGUCGAAGACGACACCUCCAUGCCACCCUGGAAAGGUUGAUGUGUGGAAGUUGGGGGCGGCGAUUGGUUCGCCGGUGUGUAGCAUGCACGCGAUGCGGAUGUUUGGGGGGGCGGCGAUGCAUGCGGAUGCACUCAAGAUGAGCGCAAGGCAGGUGAUGGAACUGCCGAUGCCGAUUGAUGAGCGGGCGUGGGGUGAGGGGGCGGCGGUGUUUGAGCGGUUGCACUCACUUGGGAGCAAUCAAGAGAAGACCCCCUCCGACCGCUGCGCGGCCACCUCCCCCGGAGGCCCGGGGGAGGAGAUGGAGAUUGCGUAUUCGGAGGCAGUUGUUUCGUUUGGGAUGUCGAUGUGCGACGCGUAUCGGGUUGGGGGUCAAGAUCAAGAGCUCUUGAUGAAGUGGUGGCUGGGGUCGGUGGAGAUGCCUCCGGCUUCGUGGAUGAUGGGGGGGACUGAGGCGAUGUCCCAGAGGGAGACGUUGGGUUCGAUCACGGUAGAGGUCGCGGAGCUGCGGGGUAUCGAAGUAGGUGAGCGCGGUGGUGUUGACGAGGGCGCUGUCGAGUUGAUCGACUUGGCUGACUCGUGCGGGUUUGGGGUCGUCCUCGCAGACUUUGUGGAAGCAUCCGAGUCCGUUUGCGGCGUAGACGAUUUCGUCGAUGCAUGGCAUCGCGAUCGCGCCAAGGACGGGGACUCCGUUGUAGAGGCACGCGAGCAUGGUACCGAAGAGGGGGAUUCCUUGGACGAAGGAGAUGGUGCCGUCGAUGGGGUCGAUGACCCAUUGGUAGCUGUUGUUGCCGUCUUUGUCUGGGAACUCUUCUCCGAGGAUUCCGUCGUCUGGGAAGUCGUUUGCGAUGCGGUUGCGGAGUUCUGUUUCGAUGGAUUGGUCGGCGAUGGUGACGGGGGUGCCGUCGGAUUUGUGGUCGGGUUGGAAGGUGUUUUUCCCGAACCAGUUGAGCGCGAGCUUGGCGCACGGCAUGGUGUUGGCAGCGGCGAACGCGAGGGCGUGUGUGAGUGCUUGGUCGAGCUGGUCGAUGUGGGCUUUGGUGUGCGAUGCGUUGAUCGAGAGGCGGAAGUAGGUGGGGGCUGGGCCGUUGGGGUACUGCAUGAGCGGGAGAAUGAUGUGUUCGUUGAGGAGUGCGUGCUCGAUGCGGAGCAUGUCGGAUUCGUCUCCGAGUGUGAAUGCGAAGAUGGGUGUUGGGUGGUUGUGUGUUUGGAUGCCGUGGGAGCGGAGCAUGGCGCGGGUGUUUUUGAUGUUGUCAAGGAGCUGCGCGUGGAUGCUUGGCUGGGUUUGGAGGAGGACGACACCACCUGCGGAGCCGAGCCCUUUGACGAGGGUGGUGGUCAUCAUGAGGUUGGGGUGGGAGAGGUUGAAGUGGUUCGCGGUUCCACGUCCUUGGUUUCCGAGGACGGUGAAGCCGUGGCAGUCGUCGAUGAGGAGGAUGUGUUUACCGAUGCUUUCGAGGAGUUGUUGGAGCGGAGCGAGGUCGCCGUCGGUGGUGAACACGGCAUCGGUGAGGACGACGGCGGGGGUGUCGAGGGUAUCGAGGAUCUGGUGGGCGUGGGUAGGGUUGAGGUGGUCAUAGGUGCGGAUGGUCAUUUGCGCGAGGCCUUGGAGGGCGGCGAGGUUGGCGGUGUAUCCGUCGGGGACGAGGAGGGCGUCGUCGAAUCCGGUGAAGUUUGCGAGCGCGGAUUCGAGGUCGGAGUGGGGCUGGGCAUUCCCGGUGGUUUGGCGCGAGGCGGAGGUGGAGAGGCCGAAGGUGGUGAGGGCGGCUUGGGCGGCGGCGAUGACCUGGGGAUGGCUCGUCGGAUAGCGGCUUUGGGAUUGGCAGCGGUGUGCUUGCUCAAUGCGGGAACAGCAAUCGGUGCGGAAUCCACAGAGAAGAAAGACGAGCUGAAAGUCAUGCAGCUCCCGAUCCGGACGGAUGGUCCAAAGAGCUUGGAUCCUGUCGAGGGAUCGACGACCUACGACAACAUGGCGUGUGCUCAGUUCUACGAGACGCUCCUGACGAACAAGUACGCGAGUCCGAUGGAGAUGGAGCCGUUGCUGCUCGCGGAGAUGCCUACGACUGAGGACGGCGGGACGACCUGGCACUUCACGCUCAAAGAGGGUGUGUACUUCCAUGACAACAAGUGCUUCCCGGGCGGGAAAGGUCGGGCGAUCACUCCUGAUGACGUGUUCUACUCGAUCAAGCGGCUCGCGGAUGAUGAGCACAAGCUUGAGAACUGGUGGCUGCUCGACGGGACAAUCUUGGGGUUCAACGAGUACAAGGACGCUCAGAACGCAGCGGCUGAGUUUGAUUACGAUGCUCCGGUUCCGGGAUUCCGGAAGAUCAAUGAUCGUGAGUUUGAGAUUGUGCUGACGAAGCCGGUGUACCGGUUCUUGUACAUCUUGGGGAUGUUCCAGACUUCUGUGGUACCUCGUGAAGCGGUUGAGUUUUAUGGGAAGGACUUUGCUCGGAAUCCGGUGGGGACUGGGCCGUUUAUUUUGGAUACUUGGGUUCCGAAGCAGUCGCUGACGGCGGAUCGGAAUCCGAACUACCACGAGGUGUUCUAUCCUGGGCGUGAUGAAUGGUCUCGUGAGGAUAAGCGUGCUCGAUUGCAUCGCGCUGCGGGCAAGCAGGUGCCGUUUGUGGAUCGGGUUGAGUUCACGAUGUUUAUUGAGGAUCAGCCGAUGUGGCUGGAGUUCAACGCGGGGAAUCUUGGUUACACGCAGGUUCCUGAGGACUACUUCCAGGAAGCGUUUGAUCGUUCUUCCAAGGAGUUGAAGGAAUCGUUCCUGCGUAAGGGGAUGCGUCCGCACGCGAACAAGCUGCUGGACUUUACCUUCCGCGGUUUCAACAUGGAAGACGAGCUGCUCGGCGGUUACUCGACUGAGAAACGGGCGCUGCGUCGUGCGAUCUCGUACGCGAUUGAUCUGGAUGAGAUCAAUGAGACCUUCUACAGCGGACGACGGAUUGUGUAUGACGGACCGAUCCCUCCGGGUCUUGAUGGGCACCCUGAGGAUGGGUACUCGGAAGCCGCGGCUCGAGGUCGCAACAUCGCGAUGGCGCGUGAGAUGCUCGCUCAGGCGGGAUAUCCAGACGGGAAGGGUCUGCCUGCGAUCCGUUUCUACACGAGUCAGAACGCGAUCAACAACGCGGUGAGCGAGAUGGUCAAGCGUCAGCUUGCUGAGGUGAACAUCAAGUUUGAGCCGGUGUUCUUAGACUUCUCGACUCUCAUUGAGAAUAUCAACAAGAAGAAGGCACCGAUGUUCGGGUUCGCUUGGUCGAGUGAUUAUCCCGACGGGGAGAACAACCUUGCGUUGUUCUAUGGUCCGAACGAAGCGCCUGGGUCGAACCACUACAACUACAAGCGUCCAGAAUACGACGCGCUGUAUGAGAAGAUCCUGACGAUGGGUCCAAGCGAUGAGCGGACAGCGAUUUACGAACAGAUGCGGGACAUGAUCCUUGAUGACUGUGCGUAUGUGGGUGGUAUGGCUCGUGAGCGUUUCUAUCUGAUGAAUCCGUGGUUGCUCAACUGCAAGCCAACUGAGCGGUACUACGGCUGGUUCAAGUAUCUGGAUGUGGAUGAACAGAUCCGCUUGUUGACAGAGGAAAUGGGGCUUGAUCAGCCGUUUCGAGUUCAAUAUGUGAUUUUUCUACGAGAUCUCGCGUUGAUUUGGAAGCCGAUCGAUGAGGAAUCACAGACCGGUUCGUCGACCAGUGUAUGGACAAGAAAAGAGACACGGAGUUGGGAUCAGUCUCUCCCGGUUUCGGAAAUGCUUGCAAAGGCAAUUCCGCCUUCCAUGGCGAUCACGAUUCCGACUUUGACAGUCACAGCAAUGAUCGCGAUUUGCGUUGGACUGGUGUCGGCGUUUUAUCGUGGUCGAGCGGUUGAUCGAUCGUUGAUGUUCAUCGCGGUGAUCGGGAUGAGUAUUUCGGUUCUGGUGUACAUUAUUCUGGGUCAGUAUUUUGGUGCGUUUGUUCCCAGCGAGUCCAUCGAGGGGUGGCCGUUGAAGGUCUCCGUUGAUGCCUCUGCCGGAGAGAGUGCUUUCUUCUUCUUUCAACCGGCCCAAUGGGUCGCGUUCUGUAUGCUUCCGGUGCUGAUCAAUGUGGUCGUCGCUCUGGGGUAUGACGCUCGUUUCUAUCGCGCGGUGAUGGUCGAAGAAUCGCAGCGGGACUACAUCCGCACAGCGAAGGCGAAGGGCGCAAGCACUCGGCGAGUGAUGUUCGUGCACAUGCUCAAGAACGCGAUGAUCCCGAUUAUCACGCGGAUCAUGAUUUCUCUGCCGUUCGUGAUUACUGGGUCGAUCCUGAUCGAGGUAUUCUUUAACAUUCCUGGAAUGGGGCGAACACUGAUUAACGCGAUCAACUCCAAGGACUUCCCGGUGAUCCAGACCUUCACGGCGUUGUUUGCGGUUGUCAUGAGUAUCCGUGAGCGCCUGAAUGAAUCGCCCGCGAUGCGGAAGCUGAUGGGUAAUCGUGGCGCGAUGAUCGCGUCGGGGAUUAUCUCGCUUUAUCUGCUGCUGUUUGGCUGGAUCUUGCUGAUGCAGCUCGUCGCUUGGGUAGGCAAGACGACCGACACUUUUGAUUUGCGUCAGAGCGCGAUCAUGGGAGCGCUUCUCCCAGAGCGGACGCUCGAGCGUGUCGGGGCGAGUAACGAGCUUGGGUUUGGGAUUCAUUCUGAGCCGAGUAAGCGGAUGGAGCAGGUGGGGUUCUACUUCGAGAACAUUUCGAAGAUGUUCGAUGAGCUCGAUCAAGCUGGUGGGGGAACGAUUGAGGCGCGAUCGGAAGCGGAUAUUCGCAAAUCGGUUUCGCUCGCGGAGCGGAAGAUCGCGGAUUGGCCGAUCGAGGAACUUCGCGUUAAAUACGCUGAAGCGCAGCAGGUGUUUGAACGACAGGAGCGGAUGCGAACACUGCGGGACACGCUGCCGCAGAUCGGGAUCCAGAUUGAGAAGCUCCGUGAGUUCAAGACUGAGUACGAAGCGACUGAGGUUGAUACCGAAGCGUGGGAGAUCGCCGGUGAAGAGGUCGCGCUGACUCUUGAUGAGAUUCUAGUUCAGAUCGAGGAGUACGCGGACAACGCGCCGGAGAGCGAUCCGGUGGUCGGGGUGGAUGUGAGUUCGCUCCAGGACGCGAUGGACGCGGCGUUUGAUCUGUCUCCGAUGGAUCCGAUUUAUGACGAGGCGGUCGUUGAUCAGCUUGCGGCGGCGGUGGUCGAGGCGGGGCCUGGCAUUGAUGCGGCGGUGUUUGAGACGCUCGAUGAGCUUGAGCCGAUCCUUGAUGAGAUGUAUCCGAUCCCGAGCGGGUUGGGUGGAUUGGUGUACAAGUUCCGCUUGAUGCUCGGGACGGACCAGCAGGGACGCUCGAUCAUGCUGCGUGCGUUGUACUCCGCGAAGGUCGCGAUCCAGGUUGGGGUGGUGGUGUCGUUCAUCGCCGUGCUCUUUGGAUCGAUCAUCGGAGCUGCGGCGGGGUACUUUGGCGGGAUCACGGAUCACGCGGUGAUCUGGUUGUACUCGACGUUCUCGUCGAUCCCGUAUCUGGUGCUGCUGGUUGUGCUGGCGUUUAUGUUUACGGGGUCGGUCUUUGAGGGGACGCUGAUUCCGUUGUAUGUCGCGUUCUCGUUGACCUAUUGGAUUGGUCCCUGCCGUGUGACGCGUGGUGAGACUCUGAAGCUUCGGUCGCUGGACUAUGUGCAGGCGGCUCAGGCGCUGGGCGCGAGCAAGUGGCGGAUCCUGACGCGGCACAUCAUCCCGAAUACCUCGCACCUGAUGUUCAUCAAUAUGUCGCUGCUGUUCAUUGGCGCGAUCAAGGGUGAGGUUGUGCUGACGUUCCUUGGGCUGGGGCUCAAGAACGGUGCGAGCUGGGGGAUCAUGAUCUCUCAGAGCAAGCCUGAGGUUGUUGCGGGGUUCUUCUGGCAGAUCGGCGCGGCGACGUUCUUUAUGUUCGUGCUGGUGCUCGCGUUUAAUGUGCUGACGGAUGCGUUGCAGGACGCGUUUGAUCCGAAGCAUGUUGGGUGA